GUCUCUGUCUCUGUCUCGUUCUCUCUUUCUCUUUCUCUCUCUCUCUCUCUCUAAAACUUUCUCACUCUACCUGACUGAAAUUCUCUGGUUUUAUCGUUUUCCCGGAAGUAGAUCUCUGUCUUUCGCCGGCGGAAAUAAUCGGAUCCGGGUGGAAGGGUCGAAUCCCAUGUGCGGACUUUGACUGUUGCCAUGGGACAGUGCUACGGCAAGACCAAUCCCACCGCGGAGAACGAAAAUGAACAUGACCCAAACACAACCACCAUAAUUGCCACCUCCGGCAACGAUGACGGACCUCGCUCUCCGCUUCCCUCCGACGGCGGCUUCUCCAACGGGUUUCCGUCGGUUAAGAACACGCCAGCUCGGUCCUCCUCGCACGCCAGCCCAUGGCCGAGCCCUUACCCUCACGGAGUAAACCCGAGCCCGUCUCCGGCGAGGGCCACGACUCCCAGGAGGUUUUUCAGGCGUCCUUUUCCGCCGCCGUCUCCGGCGAAGCAUAUAAGGGCGUCACUGGCGAAGAGGCUUGGGCAGGCGAAGCCGAAGGAAGGGCCAAUCCCGGAGGAGGGUGGGGCGGAAGCGGAGCAGUCGCUGGAUAAGAGCUUUGGGUAUAGCAAGAACUUUGGAGCUAAGUAUGAGUUGGGAAAGGAAGUGGGGAGAGGGCAUUUUGGUCAUACGUGCUCUGCAAGGGGCAAAAAGGGUGACCUCAAAGACCAUCCUGUUGCUGUUAAAAUCAUUUCCAAGGCCAAGAUGACCACAGCAAUAGCGAUUGAAGAUGUUCGUAGGGAGGUGAAGCUGUUAAGAGCUCUAUCUGGGCAUAAGCAUCUCGUCAAAUUUCAUGAUGCUUGUGAGGAUGCCAAUAAUGUGUACAUAGUUAUGGAAUUGUGUGAAGGUGGGGAGCUUCUUGACCGAAUUUUGUCAAGGGGAGGAAAGUAUACAGAGGAGGAUGCGAAGAUUAUAGUUUUGCAGGUUCUAAGCAUAGUUGCUUUUUGUCAUCUUCAGGGUGUUAUGCACCGUGACCUGAAACCCGAGAAUUUUCUCUUCACUUCAAGAAGUGAAGAUGCUGAUAUGAAGCUUAUUGAUUUUGGUCUGUCUGACUUCAUCAGGCCAGAUGAACGUCUGAAUGACAUUGUUGGGAGUGCAUAUUAUGUUGCACCUGAGGUCCUUCACAGGUCAUAUAGUGUGGAAGCAGAUAUAUGGAGCAUUGGUGUAAUUACCUACAUCUUAUUGUGUGGAAGUAGACCUUUCUGGGCACGAACAGAAUCUGGAAUUUUUCGUGCAGUGCUCAGAGCUGAUCCUAACUUUGAUGAUUUACCUUGGCCAUCUGUAUCUGCAGAGGCCAAGGACUUUGUUAAAAGGCUGCUAAACAAGGACUACAGGAAAAGAAUGACUGCUGCCCAAGCUUUAACUCACCCUUGGUUGAGGGAUGACAGCCGUCCUAUCCCUUUAGAUAUAUUAAUUUUUAAAUUGGUGAAGUCGUAUCUUCAUGCGACGCCAUUCAAACGAGCAGCACUGAAGGCCCUUGCAAAAGCCUUGACAGAGGAUCAGCUUGUGUAUCUUAGAGCGCAAUUCAUAUUGUUGGAACCAAAUAGAGAUGGGCAUGUCUCCCUUGACAAUUUCAAAAUGGCUCUUGUACGUCAUGCAACUGAUGCCAUGAGGGAAUCAAGGGUUCUUGACAUCAUACAUGCGAUGGAACCACUUGCCUACAGAAAGAUGGAUUUUGAAGAAUUUUGUGCAGCUGCAACUAGCACAUAUCAAUUGGAGGCACUUGAUAGGUGGGAAGAUAUUGCCAGCACUGCUUUUGAGCAUUUUGAGGGAGAGGGCAACCGGGUGAUAUCGAUUGAAGAAUUAGCAAGGGAACUGAAUCUUGGUCCUUCAUCUUAUUCAAUUCUCAAAGAUUGGAUACGAAAUACUGAUGGAAAACUUAGUUUACUCGGAUAUACAAAAUUUUUGCAUGGCGUGACUCUCCGGACUUCAAUCCCAAGACCCCGUUAGUCUUAAGCCCUUCGACAUAUAAAGGUGGGGAAAGAAAGAUCGAUAGGUUUUUAAGGAAAUUUUUUUCUUGAUUUUAAUUUCUGGGUGGGGGAAAAGAAGAAUGUGUAUAAAUUAAUGUGUUAGCAAAGCUAAUAUGGGAAAUGUUGAGUCAAUUCCCUUGCCCUAUUUUGCAGAUGAUAUGUUCCUACGGGUUUGAGCCCAUGCUUAUUCAUUUGUUUGUGAAUGCCGAA